AUGGAAAACCUGGAGUUGAGCCUGACAUCUCUAGGUGCAAUCUCAAGACAUAUCGAUAAAAGUCAAAACGAACUCAGCAAAUAUCUCGCAAAACAGAUAUGGAGUCAGCAGGACAGACAGUGUAUACUAGAAUGUCUUGCACAGCUCCUGUUGGAGAAGGAAUACACUCUCCUCAUUGCUCGUCACUUGCGACCUCUGAUCCUGGACUUGCUGGAGAGAAAUGCCGAGAGGAUCAAAGUAGACAUCAGGCUGAAUCAUGACCUCCAUGAGCGCUUGUGUGUAGCUUUAAGCAAACUUCUCAACAUCAGUCCAGAUGCUCAAGCGUUUGCAGCGAGGUAUUUUAGCAGCUCUCCACCAGUAUUUCAGAGGCUCUUCUUCACCAGCGAAGAGGCUGCUUCCAUCCAGUAUGGGCCCAGACGGAUGAAAUUACGGGACCUGAUGGGGGCCACCCUCCGCUUCCUCCAAAGCGACUGUGAGAAGUUCCGUGUCCUGUGGGACUGGAGUGCCUGUGUUUCACAGCUUCUCACCAGUGACGUCAUGGUCAGAAGCUACACUGCCCAGUGCCUUGCCCUGGUGUCCCACAUGACAGAUAACCAGAAAACAAUAUUUUUGAGGAAGGUGCUUUCCAAUGACGAGAUUCUGCAUUUGAAAAUGAAGUCACUUGAGGAGACACAGCAGCUGGAGGUAGAAAAAGCUCUGGUUUUGGCCAAUCAGGGCUCAGCGGUAUGGCGGAAAGACAGGGUAAAUAAAGUCGGCCGCGGUCAAGUGGUGACCGAAGACCUGACACGGAGUGUUACUGUGGUGUGUGGGGUGAUUUUACCUAGACGGACCCCUCGACUGGAUGAACAGACAAGUUUAAGCAGUUUAGUGCUGGUGGAUUCAACCUGUCAAAAUCUUCGGCGACUCGCUAUGGCGGUGGCCUCCCAGAAGCCCAUUCUAUUGGAAGGGCCAAUUGGAUGUGGGAAAACUGCUCUUGUUGAAUAUCUUGCUGCUGUCACUGGACACCUUAAAGCCCCUGAUAUCCUUAAAGUUCAGCUUGGAGAUCAGACCGACAGUAAGAUGUUGCUGGGUAUGUAUCGCUGCACAGAUGUUCCUGGAAAGUUUGUGUGGCACCCGGGGUCCCUGACCCAGGCAGUCUCUAAAGGUUACUGGAUUCUGCUGGAGGACAUUGAUCAUGCUCCUUUGGAUGUGAUAUCGGUUCUACUUCCUCUCAUGGAGAACAAGAAAUUGACAAUUCCAGGACGUGAGGACUGCAUUCAGAUGGCCCCAUCUUUUCAGUUUUUGCAACACGAAGACAAAUACUGGAGUAAACUGCAGAUCGGCAACAUGAGCCGAGAGGAGCUGAAACAGGUCCUAACGAAGAGGUACCCUAAUCUGGCAGUGGUGGUGGAUCGUCUUUUGGACAUCUACUGUCAGCUAACAGGAGACAGACAUCAAAUCAGCGCCAGUCCACAGGAUCCUAGUGCAGCCCAAAACAUAUCAGAUGAACACAUCACAUCACUGGAGGGCAGAGGCCUCUCACUGAGCUCCUGUGCUUCCACAGCACAGAAUGUUUUUCUAGAGGCUCUGGACUGCUUCACUGCCAUGCUCUCCAAAUCUGAGAGUAGACUCAAGAUGGCAGAGAUCAUUGGCAGCAAGCUCAACAUAUCCAGAGAGAAGGCCCAGCACUUUUGCCAGAUGUACCUGCCUGGAAUCAGUGUGACAGAGCUGGAGGUGACGGUGGGCCGUGCCAUGUUACUCCGCAAGCAGAGCGAUGCAGUGUGGCUGAGCAUAGGCAGACAAACAUUUGCCGCCACACGGCCAUCCUCUGUACUUUUGGAGCAACUGUCAGUGUGUGUCACUAAAGGGGAACCUGUCCUGUUGGUGGGUGAGACGGGCACAGGAAAGACCUCUACAGUGCAGUACCUGGCGGAAAUGACAGGACACAAACUCAGAGUGGUCAACAUGAACCAACAGAGUGACACAGCUGACCUACUCGGAGGGUAUAAACCAGUUGACCAAAAGCUUAUCCUGCUGCCCCUGCGGGAAGCAUUUGAGGACCUCUUUUCCCAGACAUACUCACGGAAGCAGAACCUGACCUUCCUGGGUCACGUCCAAACCUGCUUCAGAGGAAAACGCUGGCAAGACCUUCUGAAGCUCAUGGACCAUGUCUGCAAAUCAGCGCUAACAAAGGAACUGCAUGAGAAACCCAAUGCUGCCUUGCUUCAAGAGCAAUGGGAGGCUUUGGCUCUCAAACUCAGUCAGACACAGGAACAGAUUCGGGCUUGUGAAUCCGCUUUGGUCUUUGCAUUUGUGGAGGGGACUUUAGCCAAGGCUGUGAAGAAGGGUGAAUGGAUCCUGCUGGAUGAGAUUAAUCUAGCUGCUGCAGAGACACUGGAGUGUCUGAGUGGAUUGCUGGAGGGCAGCACCGGGUCGCUGGUGCUGCUGGAUCGAGGUGAUACUGAGCCUCUGGUUCGUCACCCAGACUUCCGCCUGUUUGCCUGCAUGAACCCAGCCACCGAUGUAGGCAAGAGGAACCUGCCACUGGGCAUUAGAAACAGAUUUACAGAGUUGUAUGUAGAGGAGCUGGAGAAUGAAAGUGAUUUACGAAUCCUGGUCUCUGACUACCUCAAAGGCUUUAACCUGACCAGAGGCAUCAUCCACGGGAUCAUCAGUUUUUAUUUGGCUGUUCGUAAGGAGGCUAACACUCGGCUAGUGGAUGGCACAGGUCACAAACCUCACUACAGCUUGCGUACUCUGUGCCGAGCUCUGAAAUAUGUGGCCUCUGACCCCUGCUACAACAUCCAACGUUCCCUCUAUGAGGGUUUCUGUCUGAGUUUUCUCACUCAGCUGGAUCGCAGCUCUCACCCUGUUGUGCAGAAGCUGGUGUGUCAGUACAUACUGGGAGGAAAUGUGAAGUGUCUAAAACAGCCAAUCCCACAGCCAAAGGACCGUGUAUGCUUGCAGAUAGAAGAGUACUGGCUGAGUCAGGGGGACAUGGCGUCUACUAUAGACCCCAGUUACAUCCUCACACCCUCCGUCAAGCUCAAUCUGAAAGACCUGGCACGGGUAGUGUCUGCUGGCAUCCAUCCAGUGCUUAUUCAGGGGGAAACGUCUGUAGGAAAGACGAGUCUGAUAAAAUGGCUUUCAGCUGCUACAGGAAACCAGUGUGUGCGGAUCAAUAACCAUGAGCACACAGAUAUUCAGGAGUACAUCGGCUGCUACUCCUCUGAUGAUCAUGGCAAACUUGUCUUCAAAGAAGGCGUUUUGAUUGAUGCCAUGCGGAAAGGUUAUUGGAUCAUUCUAGAUGAAUUGAAUCUUGCCCCCACCGAUGUCCUCGAGGCCCUAAAUAGAUUGCUGGAUGACAACCGGGAGCUUUUCAUCGCCGAGACACAGGAAGUGGUCAAGGCCCACCCCAGAUUCAUGCUCUUUGCCACACAGAAUCCUCCUGGGCUUUAUGGGGGGAGAAAGGUUUUGUCUCGAGCGUUUAGGAACCGUUUUGUAGAGCUGCAUUUUGAUGAGCUGCCCAGUGUAGAGCUUGAAAACAUUCUCCAUCAGCGCUGCAGUUUGCCACCAUCCUAUUGCUCCAAACUCAUCAAAGUCAUGCAGAACUUGCAGUCCUUGCGUAGAGGAUCCAGUGUGUUUGCUGGGAAACAUGGGUACAUUACCCUAAGAGACCUGUUUCGCUGGGCUGAACGCUAUAGGCUAAAAGAGCAGAAUGACACCUCACGUGAUUGGCUACAACAUUUGGCUGAUGAUGGCUACAUGCUGUUGGCCGGUCGUGUGAGGAAACCAGAGGAAGCACUGACCAUCCAAAACAUUUUGGAGAAGCACUUUAAAAGGACUGUAAACCCAGAUGCUCUUUUCUCUGAAGCUCAGGUCACCUCUCAGUUCAGCCCUUUUGUGGACAGCAUUGCGGGUGUCCCUGAAGAGUUCGGUCAUGUGGUGUGGACCCAGGGCAUGAGGAGACUGGCUGUGCUAGUGGGACGAGCCCUUCAUUUUGGAGAGUCUGUUCUACUUGUUGGGGACACAGGCUGUGGUAAAACCACCAUCUGCCAGCUGUUCGCUGCAUUAGCUUGUCAGAAGUUUUUCUCUGUGAACUGCCAUUUACAUAUGGAGACAUCUGACUUUCUUGGUGGCCUACGACCUGUCCGGCACACAGGAACUCAACAGGCUGAUGCAGAGGAUGGCCGUUUGUUUGAAUGGCAUGAUGGACCGCUGGUGAUGGCGAUGAAACAGGACGGUGUGUUUCUAAUGGAUGAGAUCUCACUGGCAGAUGACUCUGUGCUGGAGAGACUCAACAGCGUGUUGGAGACUGAAAAAUCAUUGGUGCUGGCGGAGAAAGGCGGCGGAGAUGAUGACGAUGUUGAACUGAUCCUCGCCGGGAAGAAGUUCCGGCUUGUCGCCACCAUGAACCCUGGAGGUGAUUUUGGAAAGAAAGAGCUGUCUCCAGCACUCAGGAACAGGUUCACAGAGAUUUGGUGCCCUCAGAGCAAUGGUCGUAAUGAUUUAAUUCAGAUCAUCCAGCACAAUCUGAGGCCUGGACUUUCUCUGGACCAGCAUGAUCACCAAGGGAAAGACAUAGCUGAGCUCAUGCUGGACUUCAUCGACUGGCUGACCAAUCAGGAGUUCGGACGACAGUGUAUUCUUAGCGUGCGAGACAUUCUGUCAUGGGUGAACUUCAUGAACACUGUAUGUGAGCGGGACGAGGACGGCUUCAUGACCAUGGGGGAGCUGGAGGAGGAGGAGCCAGAAUGGGAACUGAGAUUGGACACUGUAACAGCCUUUAUUCAUGCGGCCUGCCUUGUGUAUGUGGAUGGAAUCGGCUCAGGAACCACAGUUUCGGCAGCAGAGAAUGCCCUGGUGGCAAGGAAAUUGAGUAUGGAAUACCUUGAGAUGAGACUGAGCAGAAUUACUGAGAUCGAUGAAGAGAUGCAGGAUGCGCUCCGAGUCUACGACACUAGUGUCCCCCGAGAGCCCCAGUGGGGUGAAGACUUCUUUGCCAUUGACCCCUUUCACAUCGCUGCAGGUCCUGAGAGUGAGGGCAGGAGUCUAUCGGACUACGCUUUGAGCGCGGGCACCACUGCAAUGAAUGCUCAGAGGAUAUUACGUGCACUGAAGCUUCAGAGACCCAUACUUCUCGAGGGCUCACCUGGAGUGGGCAAAACCAGCCUGGUCGCUGCCCUUGCCAAGGCCUCUGGGAACCAUCUUGUCAGGAUCAACCUGUCUGAACAAACUGAUGUUACUGAUCUGUUUGGGACAGACCUGCCGGUGGAAGGUGGGAAAGGAGGAGAGUUUGCAUGGCGUGACGGUCCUUUCCUUGCUGGGCUAAAGGCUGGGCAUUGGAUCGUCCUAGAUGAGCUGAAUCUGGCCUCUCAGUCAGUUCUGGAAGGUCUGAAUGCUUGCUUUGACCAUCGUGCUGAGAUCUACAUUCCUGAGCUGGGCAUGCGCUUCCACGUUCAGCAGGAGAAGACCAAGAUUUUUGGCUGCCAAAACCCUUUCACACAGGGAGGAGGACGCAAAGGCCUUCCCAAGUCCUUCCUUAACAGAUUCACUCAGGUUUAUGUGGAUGCCUUAACCAAUGAAGACAUGCAGUUCAUUGGUGACUCCAUCUUUCCUAAUAUUGACAACGUGAUCAUUUCAAAAAUGGUGCAGUUUAGUAACCGGCUCGUCCAAGAGGUGACUGUUGAGAGGAAAUGGGGCCAGAGAGGAGGACCAUGGGAGUUUAAUCUUCGUGACCUCUUCCGUUGGUGCCAGCUGAUGCAGACAGACCAAUCACCAGGCUUCUUCAACCCUGGCCAGCAUGUAGGACUUGUGUAUGCAGACCGCAUGAGGACUGAGGCAGACAAGGCACAGGUGUUAGCAGUUUUUAGGAAGGUGUUUGGAGAAGACUUUGAACCUUACUUGGGCUCCAGACAGUUCCAUAUCACUCCGUUGAACCUGCAGUUGGGUUACUCAGUCCUGCAGCGUAGUGGAGGGGUACCUAUUGCUUUGGAUCCUCCUUUGUCAAUUACCCAUCAUUCUUUGCGCCCUCUGGAAGCCCUGAUGAAGUGUGUGGAGAUGGGUUGGAUGGUCAUACUGGUGGGUCCCACUGCGAGUGGAAAGAGCAGUCUAGUGCAUCUGCUUGCGCUGUUAACAGGGCACAGACUGAGGGUCAUGGCCAUGAACAGUGCCAUGGACACAACAGAGCUGUUGGGUGGCUUUGAGCAGGUGGAUAUCAUACGGCCGUGGCAGCAGGUCUUGGAGAGCAUGGACUAUGUGGUUGCCAUGGUGACCAGACGAGGCCUGAUGUCAUUGGAUGGGGCGGUGCAGGACACUGAGUUUUUGUUGAGCACGUGGAGCACUUUCCGCCGCUGGCUGAGAGAGGAGGGUCUGGAUACCACAGAGGGCAUGGUCACGUUUGAGGCUUUAAACAAACUGGAAGUCAUUAUUGUUCUGCUGCACAAACUCAACACUAAACUUAAAGUCUUAACAGACAUGUCAAAGUUGCAGAUGGACUUCACUCUGCUGAAGGAGCGGUUGGCCCAGAUGCAGGACGGCUGGACUCAUGGUGGCUUUGAGUGGCUGGAUGGGACAUUAGUUCAGGCGCUGCAGGCUGGAGACUGGUUGCUCAUGGACAACGUCAACUUCUGCAGCCCUUCAGUUUUGGAUCGACUGAAUGCCCUUCUGGAGCCUGGCGGGUCUUUAACCAUUAAUGAACGAGGGAUCAUUGAUGGAACCACACCCACUAUCACCCCCCACCCUAACUUCAGAUUGUUCCUCACCAUGGAUGCCACACAUGGGGAAAUCUCUCGAGCCAUGAGAAACCGCGGUGUUGAGAUCUACAUCCCUGGCGAGCAUGAGGGAGUGUGCUGGGACACCCUGGAUCUAAAGAUGGUGUUACACACCCUGGGUGUGACGGGAGACUGCGUGUGUGAUCUGCUGAUCUCCAUUCAUUCAGAAAUCAAGAACACGAUAUGGGACUCACCCGCUUCAUCCAUGUCGUCCCUGCUCCAUGCUGCGUCUCUGUUGUCUUGUCAGCUCCAGAGAGGAGUCGAUCUGCCCAGUGCCCUUUUACAGGCCUGUGGAGAGGCUUAUGCUUUCUGUCAACGCACUACUGCUAACCAGCAGCUGGCUCAGGAAGUCAUUGAGAAGCAGUUGGCGGUGCUGGACUCUGAGGACUGGGGCAGUGGGCUGCUGUGUGCGGGUGUGUGGCCAGACCGCAUCCCUUCAGCCCUGCUGUGCACUGAGGACUCGUGUUUCUCCAGUGUCCAGAGAGACGGGCAGGUCCUCCUGUACUGCCUCAACACUCUCAGUAUUUAUGGAAAAAGGAAUCGUCCACUGAGCCUGGUUGACCUGCAGAGGGCAAUGCAGAGCGGUGCUGUGCUGGAUGGGUUGCAGUUUUCCGGAGGUGGAGGACUGGACAGUGGAGCUAAGAAUGCUCUUUGCCUCCUCCCGACAGCAGUUAAAAUACUGACCGAAAGAGCUUCCCACAGUGACUGGGUCCUCAGAACCAGCUGGCUCUCCCACCUUACCAAAUCAUACAAACAUGCAGAUGCAGCUCUGAUGCAGUUGGAGGCAGGAUGCACAGCGUUGAAAGCUGUAUUCAGCAGCAAGCUCAUCGGGAAAGGCAAAUGUCUGGCAGAGCUCUUGCAACCACACAGCACAGAUGACUACAGGAUUUUGGUAGACAUGCGCUGGAACAAGCAGUACUUGGACAUUUUGGCCAACACCUGCAACUUUGAGGAUGAGGAGCGAUACAUGGAAUUCAUGGAAGCAUUGAACGCUGUUGCUAACAGAAUCACAUUGCUGAUGGACCGAGAGGAGAGAGCAGCUAUUAACAGCAGUGCUGGAAACAGUUCUCCUCAUAACAGCGCGCUUAGGCUGGCCACUGCCUUCUCAAAAGGGACGGUGGACAUAGGCCACCUGCCUCAUCCAGUGCUGGUCCACCUUCGCUCGUUCUUUGACCUCUGGGAUUCCUUCGUACUACAAGCUGUGCAGUUAGGCCAGCCCUACAUCUCCGACCACCUCAUGUUUGAGUGGGUGCACAAAAACCUCAUUUUGCGGCUGCCUCAGCUUUUGAUGGGGGAUAGUGAUUAUGAAGGCCAACAGGAGCUACACACAAUCUCCACGGCCAUCCAGAACACACUUUCCAGCUCUGUGGCUGUGGCUUCUGCUUUGAAGGGCAUUCAGAAGACAUUAGGAAAACCACUGCCAUUUAAGCUGGAGGCAGUGGCUGAAUGUGCAGCCCGUCUGCGAGUGCUCUGCAGGGCUUUGGAUGUUAGGGACCUGCGGCUCGACAAUAGCCUGGCAUCACUGUGGAAACAAGAGGUGUCACGUCUCCGUGGUGUGGCCAUGGGAAUCGACUCCAAAGAAGCUCUACUGGAAGCUUGGGGUUUGGUGCUUCAGGCCAACAUCUUGCUGGAGCCACAGAACUCAGGGGUUCUGGAGAGACUUGUGAGCUGUGUGGAUCAGCAGCAGGGUCACAUGGCUUCCUGUGGCCUGCUGGACUCUCUUUCAGAAGAUAAUGAGGAAGAAGUUGUAGAUAGUGCUGCCCCGGGUCGGGAAGUGUUACUGCAGCUGGCACGCAGGGCUCAACUGUGGCCUGCACUGGAGGAGUUGGCAGUCCUUAACCAAAUGAAAGUCACCACAGACCUGCUGUACCUAUCAGUGACACCGAGGAGCAGCAAAAAAGCAGAAGACGGUCUGCGCAGGUCAUUCUGUAACCAUCUGCGUUUCUGUAUGCAGUCGACCCCCAUGAAUAUCCGCCAGCUGCAGCCUCUCUGGUUCCUGCUCGGCACUGAGCGGCCAGUGGAGGAGCUGCCCCUGGUGUGGUGUGAGCUGCUGUCUGAGACACUUGCAGCGUUAUGGAGCAGCAGCGUGACCUCCGACCCUGACCGCUGGCUGAAGUGGAAUCCGCUGAACCCUGAGGAGCACAUGAACUCCAGAUCACCGUUGGGACCAUCUGAUACGGGCCCUGGCAUGCUGAGUCGUGCAGUGUGGUCCCGGUGCAUGCUGGGAGUUCUGAGCAGCACUGAUGCUGGCGGCCGAUGGGAUCCAUCGGGGUCACACUUCUUGUCCUCAUCACGUUUGACCCUGGGCGAGUGGAGAGAGAGAACAGGGCAGCUACAAGACCUGAGUGCAGUAAUCUGGGAUAAUAUGGCUAUGUCUGAGCUUGCUGACUUCAGAUUAACGGACUGUAGGUUGCAAGGACUUGUGUUGCGUAGACAACUGCAGUCUCUGUCUGAGCUGUUGUCUCCAGGUUUACAGGAAAGCUAUGCCGAAUCCUGUGACAGUCUAACUGAAGACCAGGACCCCAUUUCUGCAGCCCAGGAGAUUCAGAUCGCCCUCAGAGAAGGCUUGCCUGAAAACCUGCUCCCAGAGGGCUUUCUAGAUACCCUAGUGACAUGCUUGACACAGUUUGCACAUAACCGGGCUCAAGAUUCGGUCCAACUUGCCCGAUCUGGAGUUUUCUGGGUGAAUAUGGGUCUGCUGCAAAUCCAAGUUUGGGCUCCACAAACAAUUUUUGACCCUGCAGUAAAAAGAGCGUACAAACUCCGCUAUGCACAAGAGGAGCUUUCUUUGCUACAGGAAGAGUGGAGAGGGCGGAGUCUGUCCUCACAGCUGCUCACAGGGGCGGAGCUUGAGGAGAGUAGCACAACUGACAACUUCCAGCAUCCUCGCAUCAGGUACUUGUGGAUCCGUAUGCAGCAGGUGAAGGAGCAGAUUUCUGAACUGAGUCGUAAACAAGCCUGCCGCCCUCCUGACGCCCAGUAUGGUCGUCUGUAUCAGGAACUUCAGCACUACCUGUGCAGUAUCGGCCAGCCAGCUGCAGUGGGCGACCUGCUCUCCCACCUCCUGAAAGCCUUACAGGCCCCAAAAUCAAGAUUGGGAAUUCAGGGGUUGUUGAAGGAGGAGGCCGUUUGGCAGGCUUCACAGCACCGCUUUGCCCAGCGGCUGGUCGAGGAGUACCCUCUCUAUCCUGAUGUGGUUGUACCCCUGCGGGCAGCAAUUUUGCAAGUGCAGCAUGGCAUGCGACUUCUGGCAUCUCAGGUGGCCUCGUCGGUGACUGCCCAACCGGGUCUGUCACGUCUCGUGUCCACUAUGCUAGCUUUUCCAAGUCCAGCGGCAUCCUCUGAUCUGGCUUGUGCAGACUACCUGUGUUCAAGGGAAUGCUUACACAUGCUAAAGAGCCUUGGAAAGCAGCUGCCAGCAACAGAGGUCAGCCGCGUGAUCCCAGACCAUGCAGUUUUGUUGUUGAAUUCGCUGCUGUACAUACAGAGUCACACACUGAGUGCUGGGCAUCUCAGUGCAGAGACGAAAAAACUCUUCAGACAUGUUUGCCAGGCUAUAGUGAAUGAAUGGGAUGAGCAGGAGAAGAGGCGAGAGAAAAGAGCAGAUGGAAGCCAGUCUGUACCGCAGUCGCUCUCGACUACAUGGGACAGGCCUUACAGAAGACCAGCAGGAAGAAAGAGAGUUCAGGCGCUCUUUCCGUCUUACCACAAGGAUUUUGCUGAUAUUACUUCAGAACCUAGUCUUGAUCAGCCAAUAAUCAUAGAGGAUGACGAUGAUGCAGAUAUGGAGGAGUCGUCUAGUGAGAUGAGCAGCUUCCUCUUGGUCAGCAACAUGAGCAUAGUUGUUCAGAUUCAUCAGAGACUCUGUUUGUCAUAUGCUCAGUCACUGUGGUACCAACCCAAUCCAUCAACCAAUCACAGCAAAGACCACAUCAGUGCCCUGGUUUCAUCAUAUCAAAUCACAGCUCCAUUGAUAGCCCGCUUCUACCAUCUAAUGGACUGUGAAGUGGACCCUAAGCUGAUGGGCUCUCAGCUUCUCCUCAGCACUCUGCUCCAGAACACUGUGAGCGGUUCUGGAGGUCCAGCUGGACUGAUUCUGCAGAGUGAUGGGCCGUAUGACUUCUACAGAGACCCCAAUAUGAGUCAGGCUCGGAUCUGCCUGCCAGCAUUGGAACAGCUGAGUAAAGCUGUGAGACAGCGCCUGAGCGACUGGCCCGAACACCCUGCACUGGUUCAGAUCACCAUAGUAAUAGAGAGGAUAUUGGCGUUCAGUCUUUCCAGCCCUCUAGCAAAGUUCCUAAAUGGUCUGGAGAUCCUGCUCAGUAAAGCACAGGACUGGGAAAACAAUGCUUGCCGAGCAGUGUCUCUUAGAAAUGAGCUGGAAGCUAUCACACAACUCAUCAUUCAGUGGAGAAAACUUGAGCUCAACUGCUGGUCGGGCAGCCUAGAUAACGCACAGAAACGCCAUGCUGAGAAUUCAACCAAGCACUGGUUGUCCAUUUACCAACUCAUAGAGAGAUACCUACAGGAGCAGAGGACGGACUCCAGACAUGUCUCAUCCACUUUGCAGGCCUUCAUUGAAGGCUCCACUUUAGGAGAGUUUUCUGUUCGCUUGUCCAUGCUGCUUGGUUUUCACUGCCACGUUCUGCUGGCUCCCAAACAGGAAGGACAUGAUUCACUCUGCAGUUUGCUGUGGAAUCUCUAUAAAUAUUACACACAGUUUUCAGAGAGCGUCCAGGCCAAGAUCACCCAGCUGAGGGCUCCUAUAGAGAAAGAGCUCAAAGACUUUGUCAAAAUCUCCAAGUGGAAUGAUGUCUCUUUUUGGUCCAUCAAGCAGUCAGUGGAGAAGACACAUAGGACCCUCUUUAAGUUUGUGAAGAAGUUUGAGGCGGCGCUGAAGGAGCCAUCUGCACCGUGUCUGGUGGAGCAAGGCAGCAGCAGCAGCAUGGAUGACGUGGAUUCACAGCCUGAGGAAACUCCUCUGCACAGGGUUCAUCGAGCACUGAGAGCUGCCCUGCCUGGAAAGGGCAGAGAUUUGCAGGCUGAUGGUCCAGAGGAACUCUCAUCUGAUAAAGAGCCUUCGUCCCUCCAAGCACGUCUGCCUGUCCUCACGAGGAAGAUGAAAAAGUUAUGUGUUCAACUGGUAAAGAAGACCUCUCUGCCUGAGCACUUAGAAGACCUUGAUCAGUUCACAGCCGAGAUAAUUACCAAUGUUCAGGCUCUGCAGAGUCUGACAGUGGACCGCAGCAUGGAGCAGGAGAAGCAAAAGGCAGAGGUGAAACACAUCCUUCUGCAGAAACAGAGAGCACUAGCUGAUCUCUUCAAGAUGCUUGCACAGAUUGGUCUGUCCUACCGUAAGGGUCUGACUUGGGGUCAUACAGCAAACCCAGAUGAGACACUGUGUCUGCAGCCCUUGGAGAUGAAGAUUGCCCUGUCUUCAGUCAAGACACAGGACAACACGGUGCACACGUUAUUUGCGGAGAUGAUGGAUGCGUGGGAAGGCUGUGAGAAGUACUUCUAUCGAUCCUGGGCCAGACGCAACGCCUUGCUAACAGCAUUACAAAGCGCUGUUAAAGAGCUUGGGCUGGGAAAUAUACAACGAUGCAAAGGUUUCUCUUCUCACCUGUUUAAACUUUUGCUAAGGCAAAGAGGAAGACUGGCCGGACUCACAGAGCACUGGGUCCAACUUAGGAAGUUGAUUGACUGCAUCCAGAGCAUCAAGCCCGAAACGCAUUGUUCUGAAGAUGUCAGUGGUCUCCCUCUUCAGAAGCCUCUCCAGCACUGGAUCAGCAGAGCUCAGUCUUCAGUGCUGCACUGCUCUGUUGUUCUCCAGCAGCUCUCUUGGAUCCUCCAGUGCUGUCCUGAAGGUUCUUCUGCGGCCCCUGCUGAGGCCAGGAGGAGAGGUCAUGCAGGGUCAAGCCACACUGAGCCACCCGUCUCCCCUGCCCCACACAUCCAGCCACAGGCUUGUUUACUGCGGAGAGGGGAGCAGGCUUGGAAUGAGGUGCAGCAGAAGGUGGAGAACCUAAUGAAGGAGGUAACAGACCUAAAAGAGAAGGUGGCUGGAUUGGCCCAGGAAUCCACAGAAAGAGUUGUCCAUAGCUGGGAACACUUUACACUUUGCUGUUCCUCUCUGGACCGGCUAGGCAUCGUGGUGGGUCAGAUGCCGGCUCUAGAACAACUUUUUAUUCCUGAUGGUGUUCCAGUCCUCCAUCCGCAGCCUGCCCUUAUCUGCGGUCUCCAGGCCGUAAGGACAGAGGUGGAGAUGUGUCUCACAGAGUUCACCACCUGGAAGACUCACCUGCUUUCUAUCAGACAGUCACAGAAACGACGUUCCCAUCCAUUUUCUGCUGAGUUUUCCAAUCACCUUGAGAAAACAAUAAACAUGGUUCUGUAUGCGGUUCAGACGCUUGUUAAGAGGAAGGAGAAGGAAAAACCAGAGGAUCAGCAGUCAGAUUGCAAGAGAGAGAGUGACUCAGAGGUGGCAGAGGAGCUCUUGAAACAAGGACACUUGAGCAGGUUACUGGAAGAAGACCUGAGCGCAGAUUUAUCCAGUCUCUCAUUACCAGAGGUCAAUGGAGUCGUGACAGAACUGCUGGAGAGACUUCGAUCACACAGGGACAACUGUCAGUCCCACCAACUACAGGAACUGAAAGAAGCGUGUAGGGGUGUAGUGCGUUUGGAGCCCAUGCUGUGUCUGUACUCUGAGUUGGUGAGGUAUUAUCUGGCUGUAAUGAUGGGAGCUCACCGUACCACAGGAAAGCUACUGUCCGUCCUCGCUAACGUCUUCACUGAACUCGCACAGAAGGGUUUCUGUCUGCCCCAGGAGCUGAUGGGUGGAGGAGAUGGUGAGGAGCCACAGAGUUUCAUGAUUAUGAGGGUUGAAGACACCUUCCAGGAGGGUCAGGACAAGGAGGAGGAGGAGCAAAACAAACAGGACAUUAAAGAGGAGGACAAUGCCAUUGAGAUGUCUGACGACUUUGAUGGAAAGAUGCAUGACGGCACAGACCAUGAGCCAGGGGAGGAUGAAGAAGACUCUGAUAAGGAAGAAGAUGAGGAGCUAGAUAAGAAGAUGGGGGAUCUGGGUGAUGGUCAGACAGAUACUCUGGAUGAGAGGAUGUGGGGAGAUGAUGAAGAUGACGUUGACAGUGAUAAAGAGGAAGAGUCUGGUCCAGGAAUGGAUCAGGGAGAGUCAGAACUGGUGGCAAAGGAUGACAACACAGAUGCUGGAGAGUCAAACAAAGAUAAGAACCAGGACAAAAACCACCCAAAUGAUGAGGAAGAAAAGGAGAAAAUCCAUGAACAGCUGGAUGAGCGUGAGUUUGAUGAAAAUGAAGUAGACCCGCACCAUGGUAAGCAGGAGAAGGCAGGAGAAACAGAAGCCAUGGACCUGCCAGAUGAUCUCAACCUGGAUGAAGAUGGCAAGGAUGAAGAGGGAGGAGAAGAUGAGGAGAAUCCAUUUGAUAUAGAUGACAAACUCAUGGAAGUGGAUCAGAACAAGGAAGAAGAGAAAGACGGAUCGGAAGAAGGAGGAGAUGAGAUCACAGAUGAGCAACAAGAAGGACAGAUAGAGGAACAGGGAGAAGAAGACAAAUCAGAAGAGAAGGAAGGAGCAGAAAAAUCAGAGAAUCAAGAGUCUGAAACAGAUGAAAGAGGAGAGAAUGAAGAUGAGGAGAAAAAGGAGGAGGAGGAGACAAAUAAAGGACAGGAAGAAGGGCGGGAUGAGAACAAGUCUAUACCAGCUGAUCAAGGACAAACACCAAAGGAGGAUGGCAGUGGGGCCGCAGAUGCCAGUCAGUCUGAGGGACACGAAUCCAAGCUGAUGGCCAGGAUGAGUUCACAAAAACAGAGACCGAGAGACACGCAGGGAGAGGAGAGAUAUGAUGCCCAGACAUAUGAUGCUGCCAGUGCAGAACAGCAGAAGCCGACUGGUGUGAAACAGGAAGAGGAGGAGGAGGAUGAAGAUGACAUUGCAAUGGAUGUGGAGGACGAAAAAGGACCUGCAAGCAGUUUGGAGUAUGGGGACAUGGAGGCACAGAAACAGGCUGAUGUAGAAGAGAAGGAGAAGCCAGAGACGGAGAAGCAGUAA